AAACAACUCGAAACCACUGAUCGCCAAUAUUUUCCGGGAAAGCUCUUUGAAUUUUUCGAUACCUUGUUAACCAUGGCGCUUCAUGGGACUGGAUUUUUAUGCAAAGUUUCAAGCACAGUAGAUGUCACAUCUCUGUUUGGUGGUUCGACGAGGCUGCUUCACUUGCCUAAAUCUAAACCCAUUUAUUGCAACAUGGUUUCUGCCAGCAAUACAUUUGGGUUGGGUCAUCUCAAGCUGCAGAACAAUGAACCGUGCUCUCGUCUUAGGCCUUGUCGAGUCAAACGUGAGGACAAUAACCAAACUGCAGAUGUUGAGAGCAUAUCAGUGGAUGAGAACACGUUGAAGCAAGAUCUCGAGAUUGCGAUCCAGGAAGAAAACUACGUGGAAGCAGCUAAAAUACGGGACAAACUAAAAGACCUUCAAGAAGAUAACAAAGCCUCUGUUUUGUCAGCUAAUUCUAGGUUCUACCAAUCUUUCAGAAACGGGGACUUAGCUGCGAUGCAAUCGCUGUGGUCAAAAACUGGAAACCCGUGCUGUGUCCAUCCAGGAGCCAAAGGCAUAACUGGGUAUGAUUAUAUAAUGGAAAGCUGGGAGUUUGUGUGGAUGAACUAUGAGUUUCCGUUACAGAUCGAGCUGAAAGAUGUUGAGGCUCAUGUCCGAGGCGAAAUAGGUUAUGUAACGUGUAUGGAGUUUGUGAAGACAAAGGGGAGUAGUAGUUGGGGAGCUCAGUUUGUGUCGAAUGUGUUUGAACGGAUUGAUGGACAAUGGUUUAUUUGCAUUCACCAUGCUUCUCCUGUUGAUAUUUGAUCGAUAAACCAAAGCAACGUUACACAACUUCAAAAUGCGUUACUGGGAUUGCACUGGGAUAUCUUGGUGGUUGUUUUAGGGCUGGUGAAGGGCUCUAUAACGAAAACUGAUCAUUUUGGCGAUGAAUGUGUAGAUAUUCCGAUCUGUUCUUUUAUCGGAUCAAUGAGUUUUAGCUUGUACUUCGUUCAAAAUACUCCUGUUGUAAAUUACGAAUGUUUUGUUUGCUUUAGAUAAUACAUGCAAUGCAGUUGUUUCGUAUGUUUUGAA